AUGAUCUUUGACCAGCAGUUCUCGAGCGAGUCGCUCCCAAUCACACCAGCUACUUCGAUAGCUCCACCCCUUCAAACACCUCCAAAUAUGAAUAUGUCCCAAAGCUAUUUUUAUCAUCAUGAUUAUAAUUAUCAUGAAGAUGAAGGAGAAGAUGAAUACAACAAGGGGUUAGAACCAGAUGAUUCACCAUUAUUAAACUCACUACAGCUGUCUCCUACAGAACAAUCAUAUUUGGAUCAAUUAGCUUCAGCACCUCAAACACCUCAAUUAUCUGGCUCAAAAUUUUCAAAUUCAGUACCUGCAUAUCAAUUCCCAUCUUUAAAAAAUCAUUUCACAAAUAAUUCUAAUAAUAAUGGCUAUUCAAAGACCCAACCACCAACAAGACCAGAAACUCCAAAUUCCGAGUUAUUGAGUAGAGAAAAUUCAAUUAAAUUAAAUCAUAUACCUAAAAGUGAAUUAUCAAGAGAUAAAACUAUAAGAUAUUCUGUACAUAUUGAAAAUGAUGAUUUUGAGUUAUAUAAACCUAUAAGAAGGACUCAUUGGUUUAAAGGACAUGGGAAAAGUCAUAGUGGGUUUCAACAACCAAAUAUGGGGUUCUUAAAGAAUCAUAAAAAGAGUAAAAGUGAUUAUUAA